AUGCAACGGCGCUUAGGGCUGUACAAGACGUUUACCGAUAUACGCGACGGCGAACAUUAUUCCAAUGCUGCCGAGGGUUAUUUUUUCGAUCGCGCCCCCAUAAAGGAUGCUCUGCUGUAUGGCUCAUGGCAUUCCUCGAAGUCGAACGAUUCAGAGGAUCGCCUCCCGGGGCUAUGGCAACGUACCCGAGUGCUCGCUCCGUGGUUUAAGGAUCUGCCUUCUGUUUCUGGGAUGACAAUCCGUGAUGUCCUCACAGGCCCUCGCUUGGUCGUGCCUGCGAAGCGGACACUCGGAAAAUUAGGAUGCAUCAUUCACGCUAGUACAAAGCUGUCGCGUGCAGCGAAGGACUUAAUAUCCAAGUUGGACUUUCUAGCGUCUACGGGACUAGGCCUAGCAAUCGCGCAACUGCAGGAAUGUUUCGUGGCCGAGUCCAAGCCCCGGGACUUCGAGAAGUCUGGGCCUUUAUGCGCUACACAUAGUCUCGGGCUAGCAAAGUGCGCUGAGAUGAUUCAAGUCGAGCCCACCAUUUCCUGCUCCAUGAAGUCUUUGCGUGGUCUGGGUUGA